CUGUUUUCCAUACUGCUUCCUUUCUUCCUCGACAUUCGAUUUCCAUCUCAUCACAUAAAACCGGAAUAAUGUCUACUGCUGGCAAGACUAUUACCUGUAAGGCCGCCGUCGCCUGGGAGGCCGGCAAGCCUCUGUCCAUUGAGGAUAUCGAGGUUGCUCCUCCAAAGGCCAACGAGGUCCGAAUCCAGAUCUACUACACUGGUGUUUGCCACACAGAUGCCUACACACUCUCUGGCAAGGACCCCGAGGGUGCUUUCCCCAUUGUCCUUGGACACGAGGGUGCCGGUAUUGUCGAGUCCAUUGGUGAGGGCGUCACCAACGUCAAGGUUGGUGACCACGUCGUCGCUCUCUACACCCCCGAAUGCAAGGAGUGCAAGUUCUGCAAGUCCGGAAAGACCAACCUUUGCGGUAAGAUCCGAGCCACCCAGGGCAAGGGUCUGAUGCCCGACGGCACCUCUCGAUUCAAGUGCAAGGGCAAGGAUCUGCUUCACUUCAUGGGCACUUCCACCUUCUCCCAGUACACCGUCGUCGCCGAUAUCUCCGUCGUUGCCAUUGAGCACGACGCUCCCAUGGACCGAACCUGUCUGCUCGGCUGCGGUAUCACCACCGGUUACGGUGCUGCCACCAUCACCGCCAACGUCCAGGCUGGCGACAACGUUGCCAUCUUCGGUGCCGGCUGUGUCGGUCUCUCAGUUGUCCAGGGUGCUGCCGCUCGCAAGGCUGGCAAGAUCAUCGUUGUUGACGUCAACCCUUCCAAGAAGGAGUGGGGUGAGAAGUUCGGUGCUACUGACUUCGUGAACCCCACCGAGCUCGGUGACCAGUCCAUCCAGGACAAGCUUAUCGAGAUGACCGACGGUGGUUGUGACUACACCUUUGACUGCACUGGUAAUGUUGGUGUCAUGCGCGCUGCCCUCGAGGCCUGCCACAAGGGUUGGGGUGAGUCCAUCGUUAUCGGUGUUGCCGCUGCUGGCCAAGAGAUUUCCACACGACCAUUCCAGCUUGUUACUGGCCGAGUGUGGCGAGGAUGUGCUUUCGGCGGUGUCAAGGGCCGUUCUCAGCUGAACGAUCUCGUUGCCGACUACAAGAAGGGUGACCUCAAGGUUGACGAGUUCAUCACCCACCGCAAGACCCUCGGCGAGAUUAACAACGCUUUCGACACAAUGAAGCAGGGUGACUGCAUCCGUGCUGUCGUCGACAUGCAAAAGCUCGAGCCUAAGAUUUAAUGACCCAAAAUGUAGUAUAAACAAAUGAUAAUCAAAAUUUUAUGUUGAAUGACAAAA